GUUGCUGACGCUCUCCUACGUGACAAUACUGCCAGUUUCAGGAAGCUGGAAAGAAAGAGUGGAUUCUUCCCUUGAAUUUCCAUCUUACAGCAGUGCUCAUGUACUCCUUCUAAGAUGAACCAAAGCUGAAACUGAAGCCCUGCAACAAGAUUCCCACUAAUGAGCAGUGUGCCACCAGCUGCAAGUUUCGCACAGUGUCAGACUGGUCAUCACUGCUGCAGUGCCUUCUGUGGAGAUGUCUGCAUGCUUCUCAAGGAAAACGGUAGGAUCUAAGAAGCACCUUUUCCUUGCCAUUUUGUUCUCAAAGACUGUGGACUCCCAAAUGGUGGGGAGAUGGACAGCAGGAGACUCAGCAUCCCCAGUUCCAAUGUGCGAUCCAACCUGGGCACCCCUGCGUCUUCAUCCAUUUCAGCGUCCCCACUGUCCACCUACGGGUCUACCUGAUUUAUCCAAACUUCAGGAGGUCCGACAUUUAUGUCUCCUUGCUCAUGGUUGACUUAAAAUAUCCCAGGAGAAGCCUUGUGUGAGCAUUCCCUACACCACAGAACACAUCUCUGCCCCUAGGGUUUGGGAGGAUCUGUUACGUUGAAAAGAAACAUGUUUCUCUGGAUUGUGUGACUACUGAGUACCUACCCCUUCUCUCUUCCAGUGAGCAGCAGUCCGGAUCACAAAAUCAGCAACAUUCUGUCCACUGUUGAGCCCACAAAGCACCAGUGAGAGUCGGAGGAUACCUGGGAGGCCUUGGAAGAACGUGCCAUGACCUCCAGUAGGGUCAUCCUCUUGUCUCAGCUCUGGCUGCUGGCCAUCUGUAGACCUUUCGAUUGCAAAAUGCUCCUCAGUUUACUGCCAAGAGCAAUCUCUGCCACGACGCGAAGCUGGGCAAAGAGGCACCUUCCUCUCCAGAGCUCCACCUUCUCCCGGAGGAAUGUCGCUCUCCUGCUGCUUCUCUCCCUCUCUUCGGAGCAGACGUCUGCAUCACCAGGCCGCAGAGUCAAACAGAAGCCAGGAGUGUGCCCCCAAGAAAGGCUCACCUGCAGUACUAAAGCCCCAGACUUGUGCAAAACAGAUUUCAACUGCAAUGAGCACCUGAAGUGCUGCUCUUUUGCCUGUGGGAGGAAGUGCAUGGAUCCAUAUGAAGAACCCUGCAUGCUACCCUUAGACCGAGGAAAAUGUAGGAAUACAGUCAAGCACUGGUAUUUUCACACUAAAAGGCGUGUAUGCAAAGCCUUUAAUUAUGGAGGCUGCCUUGGGAAUGCCAACAACUUUUCCAACAGGGAAGACUGCAUGACGGCUUGCUCAUCAACUGUCAAGGAUGGGCAGUGCCCACUCUUCCCUUUCAAGAACCGUAUGGAGUGUUCAGCUUCGUGUAAGAGUGACUUCGAUUGCCCCCCAAAUGAAAAAUGUUGUGAAUCCAUGUGUGGCUUUGAUUGUGCCAUGGCCUGGACAGUCAAAGCAGGUUUCUGCCCAAACAAGCCGCCGACAUGUUCCAGGAUUGAGAAACCCAGGUGCCUGCAGGAUGAUGAUUGCCCGCUGACAGCGAAGUGCUGUUCCCUCUGUGGACUGAAGUGCCUGGAAUCCCUAAAAUGAAUACUUAGUAAGUUUAAAAUGUUAUCAUUAAAGUAAUUAAUUAUGAGUAGUAUAGUAAAAAGCUAUCAGUUUUGUCUUGCAUCCAAAUACUUUGCCAAAUUGUCUUAUUAAGUAUAAAAAUAUUUAAUGGGGUUACUUUGAUUUUAUAUAUAAUCAUAUCAUCUGAAAAUGGAUAAAUUUGACUCUUUUCCAACCUCAUGACUUACCUAAAAAAAAAAUUUUGUCUUUUUAUAUUAUGUAGAACCUCUGAAAUAAUGUUGAAAAUAAAG